UGCAUUUACUUGGCUUUAUUUGAUCUACAGGUUUCAAAUCUGUAUCCAAUUUUAUUUUAUCUGCCUUGGCUUCUUACAGUAAAUCUUUUCUUAUAAUCAGACUAAAGACGUUACAGUUUCGAGGAGGAAAGCUAUGGCUUUGAUGUUUUCUGGUGUUAUCUCAUUGCAACUGGGCUCUCACAAUAUCACAUUAGCUCAGCCUUCUGUUGGAUUCAGGGAACAUGUGGAUACCUUUGAUGGUUAUACAUUCUUUUACCCUCAGAACUGGAUUCAAGUCAGGGGUGCAGGUGCAGAUAUAUUCUUCAGGGACCCUUUUGUUCUUGACGAGAAUCUCUCUGUGGAACUAUCUUCUCCUUCAUCCUCCAGGUACAAAAGUGUUGAAGAUUUAGGUCCUCCACAAAUAGCCGCUGAGAAAGUACUUAAGCAGUAUUUGACCGAGUUGAUGUCCACUAGACUUGGUGUCCGCCGUGAAUCAAACGUGCUUUCUACAUCCUCAAGAGUUGCAGAUGAUGGGAAGAUGUACUACGAAGUUGAGGUAAACAUUAAGUCAUAUGCAAACAAUAAUGAGUUAGCUGUUAUGCCACAAGACAGAGUUGCACGCCUUGAGUGGGAUCGGCGUUAUCUUUCAGUACUUGGAGUUGGAAACAACCGAUUAUAUGAACUGAGAUUGCAGACACCUGAAAAUGUUUUUCAAGAGGAGGAAAAUGACCUGCGCCGAGUUAUGGAUUCCUUUAGAGUUAUAAAAUCAGUGGACUGAUCGUCUACGUAGGAGGUAUAUGGAGAGUUUUGUAAUUGUGGCCUUUUCUUUCUUUCUGAUUUUUUUUUUAUUUGGCGGGGGGGGGGGGUUGGUCUUCGGAAAUGUCAUUGAGAUAGGUCACCAAAUGUGAUAUCGAGCCUUUGUAUCUGGUGAUUCCUCUUCUAUCCAGUUGUUGGAAUGACCAAAUGAACCGUCCACAUUGGCAAAAAUUGGCCUUGUAAUAUGAACCUUGAUAGUUGGCCCUUUUCCCUAAUCAUGUAUGAGAUAUGAUACACAGGAACAGUUUUCUUCGAUA